AUGCCUCUCACAUUUGUGCGGUCGGUGGCCGACCUGGACGAGCUGCAAAAUAUCAAGGUUGUGCUGGUCGCCCCGGGCUACGUGCACACGCCCAUGUGGACGGCCGACCCGGUCAAGAUGAAGCAGUUUGGCUACAAGCCGUCGAUGGCGGUGAUGCCCGAAGAGGUGGCGCAGGGCAUGGUGGACCUGGUCACCAAGGCGGAGUACGGCGGCGGCGCGUGUCUGCAGGUGGCGGUGGGCGAGCGGCGCACGCUGGGCGUCUGGAACAUCCCCGCGCCGGACACGGACGGCGCGCGGGUCAGCAAGGAAGUGCUGGAGCAGAACUACAAGCCGGUGCUGGAGAAGAUGCGGAAUGUGUAG